AUGGAGAUAGUAAGUAGUGAGAACGGAACCAGAGAAUGCAAUUGUAUGAAUAUUCUUCACAGGAACCAACAGGGCGAUACAGAUUUCACAACAAACCCUAGACAAAAGUUAUGCCCUAAUGACUGGGUUCAGGAGAAAGGGAAAUGCUAUAAGUUUUUUAAAACUUUUACAUCGUGGAUUGAUAGCCAAAAUUUCUGUUUGGGAAUGAAGUCACAACUCUUGAUGAUCCAAGACAAGGCUGAAUUGGAUUUCAUGCAAAAUAAUAUACAAGAUGGAAUCUACUUUUGGAUUGGAUUAAACAUUACACAUCCACAAAAGACAUGGACCUGGCUGGAUGGCACUCCUUUAAAUCCACAGUUAUUUCAAGUCAAGGGCAAGGCUGAAGACAAUGCCUGUGCUAUGAUAACAAAGAAGGGUGUUUUUUCUGAGAAAUGUCACAGUCAUAGCUACCAGAUUUGUCAAAAUGUGAUUUCUUCAGAUGAUGACCUCUAA